CACAAAGAAUAGCAGGAGGAACCACAGAGGAACAAUGUUACGGCGAAAACCUUCCAAUGCCUCAGAGAAGGAGCAGGGGCAGGAGAAGGUGCAGAAGAAGAAGGUGAGGAGGUUUGGAUUGUCUGUCUGUGAGUGAUGAUGAUACAAAGUGCAAUGACAAGAGGAGAAAGGCUGUCUGCACACUGCAAAAAGGGCUUUGGAGUCAGAUGUCUAUCAAACACGCAUAGGCCUAUUUAUUUUUCUAAAUGAGAAGUGAUCAAGUUAAAUAAGUACAUUGUGUGAAAAUAUGUGAUAGAACAACAUAGAGCAAUGCAAAGUGUCCAUCUUGCUGAUUAAUGAACGCAUGGUGGAGAGUUAUUUAGAAGAGCGCUACUUUCUCUGGUUUAUCCCAUUAUACUCGACUAACCCCAACACUGAGAUACACCUUAGCCUAUAGCCUGUAUGUGCUGCAAACACUGACAGGAUGUGCUACACAGGCGUAGAAGAAGAAACCUUUGUAGUGACCUGAAAAACCAUUCUAAAACCUGGAACUGAAAUAUUUCAAGCCUUGGUUGUCAGGGUUAAAAAUAUUGCUUCUCACGGCACAAAACGUUAGUUCCUCUAAUAUCGCUGUAUGAUUCAUUUCUAUUGGCCAUGGACGUAGAAGCUAAGUUCAGUUUGAGUCAGACUUUCGUGGCUUCAUGCUCUAAAGCUCUACUGGCUUGGUUGGGUAACAGCUAACCUCCUACGCUUAACCAGUGCUCUUGUUUUCCAUCCGCAACCCAUGUUCUACCCUCCUAUCCAGGUUUCAUCAUAACACACCUCAUUACCUUAACGCCAUUGCUCCUCCUCACCACCACCACAUGCGAUUAUAAUCAGUACUGGAUGAGAAAGGUCAAAACUGUACAGACUCAGGAGCAGAGAUACUGUUGAAUAAAUGUACUUGAAACAUGGGCUUCAGUGGGUGUUGAUGCCUGACAAGGCAAAUAAUUUGCUCCUCAGCAAGAUCACCUAAUGGAUAUUAAAUGAUACUAAUGCCUAUCAUUAUAAACUAACAAUUAUCUUCUGAGUGGUUGUUACCCUCCUUUGGUUCAGUGGUUUGAUAAGCAUGUCGUUUUCUCACAGCCACCAAGGCUGUCUAGACGUCUGCAGCGAUUGGCUGCCAACAGUUACCCAACAUGUACCCACUUCCUGUGGGUUUUAACUAGGGGCAAGAAGGAGAGGUGAAGAUAGGCCAUGGUGUCAAACGGAAAGUAAUGGCUGCUUAUCUCUAUAGGGAACUGCAACAAUUAAAACUGUAAGACAGCAACAAUGGUUUCUGUACUGAUUCUAAGUACAGUAUCAAAUUGAGACAUUUACAUUUACAUUUUAGUCAUUUAGCAGACGCUCUUAUCCAGAGCGACUUACAGUUAGUGAGUGCACACAUUAUUUUAUUUUAUUUUUCAUACUGGCCCCCCGUGGGAAUCAAACCCACAACCCUGGCGUUGCAAACGCCAUGCUCUACUAACUGAGCUACAUCCCUGUAGACUAAAUCAUAUGUGUAAUUACUCUAAGUUGGAGUAUACAGUUGGGAAUAUUUUUCAUUCAGAACUGAAGUGUAGAAUCAGAGAUGUCAACGUAAAGGCAAAAGAAGAGGUUUAUUGAAAUGCAUUGGAAAGACUAGAGGUAGAGGAAUAGAGCAAAUAAAAGCAUGCUAGGCUACAACACAGUAUACCUGACUUCAGCUUUUAGCUUUGCCAUAUAACGGUUGUUUGAUAAUUUGGGAACAGCAUUCCAUAAUGUUAUCGAUCUGCGUCUAGGCUUUUUAUAUCUGCGUAAGCAGUGUCUCAUGCUACAUAUCCCAUAAUAUAUAACUACAUAUCCCAUAAUAUAUAACUACAUACCCCAUAAUAUAUAACUACAUAUUCCAUAAUAUAUAACUACAUAUUCCAUAAUAUAUAACUACAUACCCCAUAAUUUAUAAUUUAUCGUCAUUAUCAUGGCGACCAGUCGAGCUAGCGUUAUGACCAAGCCUGUCUGAUGUAGAGGUGUCUUCUGUCAAUCUCUACAGGACGUGAUACCAGCUAUAGUGGAACAUCAGUGUGAUAAGUGCUUCCUCAGACUAGGCUCUCCAUAAUAUAACUGGAAAGGUUUUUAUUAAGUUCUAAUUUAAUAAACCUGAUGAUAUAGAGUUUAUGUUGUUGAUACAAAAAAUAUUUCAUGCAUUGUCAUUACUGUAAGUGGUAAACAGUAACCCAGGCCUAAACAGUAACCUAGGCCUAAACAGUAACCCAGGCCUAAACAGUAACCCAGGCCUAAACAGUAACCCAGGCCUAAACCCCCAAAGACGCCUAAACAGUAACCCAGGCCUAAACCCCCAGAGAGCGGUAACAGUAACCCAGGUGACAGUGACAUUUUGGCUCUUGUUCUCAGAUGUAUAUGAUGGUUUCCUCUUCCUCAUCUAAGAUGUUACCAAGUGAUGAUAAAUGCUACUUACAUGGGUUGGUUCUCUACUGUAUUUUAGAUAUCAUGCCGAUGUUCUGUCUCCUCCCGGCUCAUUGCCUCUUAUCACAACUGUCUCUGUGAAGUUUAUUAGAAGAACUCUGUGGGUGCCAAAAUAUCCUUAAUUAAAUGUUAUAGGUUUAAUACUUUAAGAUAUGACUUUAGAUGUAUGUUGAGAUUGUCAAAAGUGUAUAUCUCUGGGUCUCCUCUACGUGUCCUCUAUGUAUCCUCUCUCUGUCUCCACAGCUCACCCUGCAGAGGUCCAGCAGCUUCAAGGACUUCAUGAAGCCCAGGUCCCCUGUAGUGGUGGACAAGGAGUUCAACUUGGACUACACAGUAAGUUUACAGUGUGACUGACUGGUUUUGAACCCGGGUCUCCACUAUGCUGUGUUAGCGCACUGAGCUACCUUGGGAAGCUAAUGCAAUUCUUUAGGGCUCAGACAAGGUUACUCAUCACACGAGUGUGGUUCACCGAACUAUGUCUGUUAAACACAAAAGCCUCUGAUGUCUUCCAUUAGCAGCCAUAUGUAAUCACAGAGUUCCAUUAUGUAACAGUUUAAUACCAACGAUUGAUUAUAGAAUUACAUGACUUGUUUAAAUCUCUUUGUCUACUGAAAUUCUAAAAGUGGUUGUUCCUUGACGGGGGACAUACUGGAUAAUGGUCAUGCAACCACUGACUUUCACCCAUACCCACAUUCUCCGCACAUUGUUUGCAGUUCAUGCUUCCCAAUAAUAGCCCAAAACAAAGAAAUGUUUCACAUUGAUGACAAUAACAUCAAACUGAAAUAGACAGCACUGUUAUUUUGCUACUGUAUUUUACAAACAGUAUGACUGGAAGUUAGAAGAUAAAGAGAUAGUUUAGAAUACAUUUUCGACAAGGAGAGGAAGAUCACAGAGGAUGACGCUUAAAGCUGUGUGUAAACCAAACCACAUCAAGAGACAGGACAGAAAUACAUAAGCAGGAUGUCCUCUGUAAAAGCUAGUCAAGCAGAGAACUUCUGGCUGCUGUCUUCCAGACAGUCUGGUGCUUCACAGUGGGAUCCAUUCACUACAGCUAAUGACCUCUCCAGAACCAAUUGGUGCCAUUAACUGUGAGGGACAUGGUUUCAUAAUGAGCUAUCGGCCCACGUGUUGCUCUUAUGAUUUUGUUUAGGGAUUGUUUGGUUCUAGUCCUGUCUUUUUGUGUGCAAGCAUGUACAGUGAGGAAAAAAAGUAUUUAGUCAGCCACCAAUUGUGCAAGUUCUCCCACUUAAAAAGAUGAGAGAGGCCUGUAAUUUUCAUCAUAGGUACACGUCAACUAUGACAGACAAAUUGAGAUUUUUUUUUCCAGAAAAUCACAUUGUAGGAUUUUUUAUGAAUUUAUUUGCAAAUUAUGGUGGAAAAUAAGUAUUUGGUCACCUACAAACAAGCAAGAUUUCUGGCUCUCACAGACCUGUAACUUCUUCUUUAAGAGGCUCCUCUGUCCUCCACUCGUUACCUGUAUUAAUGGCACCUGUUUGAACUUGUUAUCAGUAUAAAAGACACCUGUACACAACCUCAAACAGUCACACUCCAAACUCCACUAUGGCCAAGACCAAAGAGCUGUCAAAGGACACCAGAAACAAAAUUGUAGACCUGCACCAGGCUAGGUAAGCAGCUUGGUUUGAAGAAAUCAACAGUGGGAGCAAUUAUUAGGAAAUGGAAGACAUACAAGACCACUAAUAAUCUCCCUUGAUCUGGGGCUCCACGCAAGAUCUCACCCUGUGGGGUCAAAAUGAUCAAAAAAAUAAAUAAAUCCCAGAACCACACGGGGGGACCCUAGUGAAUGACCUGCAGAGAGCUGGGACCAAAGUAACAAAGCCUACCAUCAGUAACACACUACGCCGCCAGGGACUCAAAUCCUGCAGUGCCAGACGUGUCCCCCUGCUUAAGCCAAUACAUGUCCAGGCCCGUCUGAAGUUUGCUAGAGUGCAUUUGGAUGAUCCAGAAGAGGAUUGGGAGAAUGUCAUAUGGUCAGAUGAAACCAAAAUAUAACUUUUUGGUAAAAACUCAACUCGUCGUGUUUGGAGGACAAAGAAUGCUGAGUUGCAUCCAAAGAACACCAUACCUACUGUGAAGCAUGGGGGUGGAAACAUCAUGCUUUGGGGCUGUUUUUCUGCAAAGGGACCAGGACGACUGAUCUGUGUAAAGGAAAUAAUUAAUGGGGCCAUGUAUCGUGAGAUUUUGAGUGAAAAGCUCCUUCCAUCAGCAAGGGCAUUGAAGAUGAAACGUGGCUGGGUCUUUCAGCAUGACAAUGAUCCCAAACACACCGCCCGGGCAACGAAGGAGUGGCUUCGUAAGUUAGUGAGUGCACACAUUAGAUUGACAGGAGUGGCCUAGCCAUUCUCCAGAUCUCAACCCCAUGGAAAAUCUUUGGAGGGAGUUGAAAGUCCGUGUUGCCCAGCGACAGCCCCAAAACAUCACUGCUCUAGAGGAGAUCUGCUUGGAGGAAUGGGCCAAAAUACCAGCAACAGUGUGUGAAAACCUUGUGAUGACUUACAGAAAAUGUUUGACCUGUGUCAUUGCCAACAAAGGGUAUAUAACAAAGUAUUGAGAAACUUUUGUUAUUGACCAAAUACUUAUUUUCCACCAUAAUUUGCAAAUAAAUUCAUAAAAAAUCCUACAAUGUGAUUUUCUGGUUUUUUUUCUUCUCAUUUUGUCUGUCAUAGUUGACGUGUACCUAUGAUGAAAAUUACAGGCCUCUCUUAUCUUUUUAAGUGGGAGAACUUGCACAAUUGGUGGCUGACUAAAUACUUUUUUUCCCCACUGUAUAGUGUGUGUACAGUAUGUUUGUGUGUGUGUGUGUGUGUGUGUGUGUGUGUGUGUGUGUGUGUGUGUGUGUUUACAUCCAUGCCAGCGUGAGAGAGUAUGUCUCUAUUUGCUAUAUGUAUGUGAGAAAUCUGCAGUAUUUGUUUACAGCACAUGUGGUCUGUUGUACUGAAGAUGAGGCUGUAGGCUUCCAUGGUAACUACACAUCCAUACUGUCUGACUGUAGGCCUGUGGGGAGGAGCUAGCAUGACUCACUGUAGUGCUGACUGCACCAUGCUCUGCUCUGUUCUGCUCUACUCUGUUCUGCUCUGUUCUAGUCUGGUCUGUUCUGUUCUACUCAGAUCUGUUCUGUUCUACUCUGUUCUGUUCUGCUCUGUUCUACUCUGUUCUGUUCUGCUCUUUUCUGUUCUGUUCUCUUCUGCUCUGUUCUGCUUUGCUCUGUUCUAUUCUAUUCUGCUCUGUUUCUACUCUGCUCAGUUCUGCUCUGUUCUGUUCUACUCUGCUCUGUUCUACUCUUCUUUGUUCUGCUCUGCUCUGUUCUGUUCUACUCUGCUAUGUUCUGUUCUGCUCUGUUCUACUCUGCUCUGUUCUGUUCUGCUCUGUUCUGUUCUGUCCUACUCUGCUAUGUUCUGCUCUGUUCUACUCUGCUCUGUUCUAUUCUAUUCUGCUCUGUUUCUACUCUGCUCAGUUCUGCUCUGUUCUGUUCUACUCUGCUCUGUUCUACUCUUCUUUGUUCUGCUCUGUUCUGUUCUGUUCUGUCCUACUCUGCUAUGUUCUGUUCUGCUCUGUUCUACUCUGCUCUGCUCUGUUCUGCUCUCUGUUCUCUCUCUGAGCCUGCUGCAAGUGACACACAAACUUUCAUCACAGCCAAGCUUUACUGGAAGCACUUUGACCGACACAGUGUCCCAAUCACUGAUUCACGUCACACAUUGCAAUCUGUGUGUGUGUGUGUGUGUGUGAAUCGCGGCAUGCGUGAGUGUGAACCACUAGAGCACAUCACCACACAAGUUACUGUUAUAACUUUAAUUUUAGUGUAUAAAAACAGUUAGGUUAGGUGACCCUGUGCACUUAAUUUGUGUCUGAGAAUUCACAUUUAUUGUGAUCCAACACAGCAGUGCACAUCACCCCCACCUUGCAAAGAUUGACUUAAGUAGAUGUUGAAAUGGUAACCAAAAGUAACCCUCUAGGUGCCGGAGGAUGUGACUGUGGAGGAGGCAGUGAAGAGUGGCAGUAAGCAGGGGAAGAAGUCGUGGCGUAACGUCAUCUCACGCACCAUGACCCGUAAAACCUCCAAGAGGGUACAGAAGGCCCUGGCAGAGGAGGGGGUAAGUGUAGCGUGAUGUACUACAAUACCCAUAACACAUCUGGUUUGGUCUUAGUAAAGAAUGUUCCAAAGCUAACAACAGGUAGGUGGAGCACAGCUACGACCAGAAGUGACUUUUUCAUGGCAGGUUAGGAGAAUUAAAGUGACAGGUUAGGAGAAUUAAAGUGGCAGGUUAGGAGAAUUAGGUUAAGGUUAGGAAAAAGGGUUAGAGUUAGCUAAAAUGCUCUCCUCACCUGCUAUGAAAAGUAACUUCCGGUCGUAGCUGUACUCCAUCUAGUCACAACCCUAACAACGUGGGUUGGUCUCCUUACCAAUAAAUCAUCAAAACUGACAAUUAUACUGUAAAUAUAAACAUAAUGUAUGAUUGUACAACUAAUUCAUAAUCAAAUAUUCAAAUAUCGUUUUAAAUAUGUGACAAAAAUUUUAGGCAUAGAUAUUCAGUUUAACCCUGAAAAUGAGACACUUCAUUUGAGUAAACAUGGAUAUAUCUAAAUACAGUACCUCUUUGCCUGAACAUUUUCAAAAGGUUGACAAUGCCUCUCCCUAGUGGCCACAUUCAAACAGCAUCCAAAAAGGUUCAGGCUUUCACAGCUAUGACAUGUUCUACCAUACAAGGCCACACUACAGAACAGUCUACUUUGGAGACUUUUCUGAUGUAAGGCCCCCAGACAGCUGUCUGUAGAUGUACUAUAUCCUCAUGUUAGGGCCAAACAUACACUACCAUUCAAAAGUUUGGGGUCACUUAGAAAUGUCCUUGUUUUCAAAAGAAAAGCAAGUUUUUUGUCCAUUAAAAUAACAUCAAAUUGAUCAGAAAUACAGUGUAGACAUUGUUAAUGUUGUAAAUGGCUACUGUAGCUGGAAACGGCUGAUUUUUAAUGGAAUAUCUACAUAUGCGUACAGAAGCCCAUUAUCAGCAACCAUCAGUCCUGUGUUCGAAUGGCAAUUUGUGUUUGCUUAUCCAAGUUUAUCAUUUUAAAAGGCUAAUUGAUCAUUAGAAAACCCUUUUGCAAUUAUGUUAGCACAGCUGAAAACUGUUGUGCUGAUUAAAGAAGCAAUAAAACUGGCCUUCUUGAGACUAGUUGAGCAUCUGGAGCAUCAGCAAUUGUGGGUUUGAUUAUAGGCUCGAAAUGGCCAGAAACUGCUGCUGGGUUGUUGCCCUCCUACGGCCUCCUCCACGUCUCCUGAUGUACUGGCCUGUCUCCUGGUAGCGGCUCCAUGCUCUGGACACUACGCUGACAGACACAGCAAUCCUUCUUGCCACAGCUCGCAUUGAUGUGCCAUCCUGGAUGAGCUGCACUACCUGAGCCACUUGUGUGGGUUGUAGACUCCGUCUCAUGCUACCACUAGAGUGAAAGCACUGCCAGCAUUCAAAAGUGACCAAAACAUCAGCCAGGAAGCAUAGGAACUGAGAAGUGGUCUGUGGUCACCACCUGCAAAACCAGUCCUUUAUUGGGGGGUGUCUUGCUAAUUGCCUAUAAUUUCCACCUGUUGUCUAUUCCAUUUGCACAACAGCAUGUGAAAUGUAUUGUCAAUCAGUGUUGCUUCCUAAGUGGACAGCUUGAUUUCACAGAAGUGUGAUUGACUUGGAGUUACAUUGUGUUGUUUAAAUGUUCCCUUUAUUGUAUAUAUACAGUGAGGGAAAAAAGUAUUUGAUCCCCUGCUGAUUUUGUACGUUUGCCCACUGACAAAGAAAUGAUCAGUCUAUCAUUUUAAUGGUAGGUUUAUUUUAACAGUGAGAGACAGAAUAACAAAAACAAAAAUCCAGAAAAACGCAUGUCAAAAAUGUUAUAAAUUGAUUUGCAUUUUAAUGAGGGAAAUAAGUAUUUGACCCCCUCUCAAUCAGAAAGAGUUAAGGCUCCCAGGUGUGUUUUAUACAGGUUACGAGCUGAGAUUAGGAGCACACUCUUAAAGGGAGUGCUCCUAAUCUCAGCUUGUUACCUGUAUAAAAGACACCUGUCCACAGAAGCAAUCAAUCAAUCAUAUUCCAAACUCUCCACCAUGGCCAAGACCAAAGAGCUCUCCAAGGAUGUCAGGGACAAGAUUGUAGAUCUACACAAGGCUGGAAUGGGCUACAAGACCAUCGCCAAGCAGCUUGGUGAGAAGGUGACAACAGUUGGUGUGAUUAUUCGCAAAUGGAAGAAACACAGAAGAACUGUCAACCUCCCUCGGCCUGGGGGUCCAUGCAAGAUCUCACCUCGUGGAGUUGCAAUGAUCAUGAGAACGGUGAGGAAUCAGCCCAGAACUACACGGGAGGAUCUUGUCAAUGAUCUCAAGGCAGCUGGGACCAUAGUCACCAAGAAAACAAUUGGUAACACAUUACGCCGUGAAGGACUGAAAUCCUGCAGCGCCCGCAAGGUCCCCCUGCUCAAGAAAGCACACAUACAGGGCCGUCUGAAGUUUGCCGAUGAACAUCUGAAUGAUUCAGAGGAGAACUGGGUGAACGUGUUGUGGUCAGAUGAGACAAAAAUUGAGCUCUUUGGCAUCAACUCAACUCGAGGAGGAGGAAUGCUGCCUAAGACCCCGAGAACACCAUCCCCACCGUCAAACAUGGAGGUGGAAACAUUAUGCUUUGGGGGUGUUUUUCUGCUAAGGGGACAGGACAACUUCACCGCAUCAAAGGGACAAUGGACGGGGCAAUAUACCGUCAAAUCUUGGGUGAGAACCUCCUUCCCUCAGCCAGGGCAUUGAGAAUGGGUCGUGGAUGGGUAUUCCACUAUGACAAUGACACAAAACACACGGCCAAGGCAACAAAGGAGUGGCUCAAGAAGAAGCACAUUAAGGUCCUGGAGUGGCCUAGCCAGUCUCCAGACCUUAAUCCCAUAGAAAAUCUGUGGAGGGAGCUGAAGGUUCGAGUUGCCAAACAUCAGCCUCGAAACCUUAAUGACUUGGAGAAGAUCUGCAAAGAGGAGUGGGACAAAAUCCCUCCUUAGAUGUGUGAAAACCUGGUGGCCAACUACAAGAAACAUCUGACCUCUGUGAUUGCCAACAAGGGUUUUUCCACCAAGUACUAAGUCAUGUUUUGCAGAGGGGUCAAAUACUUAUUUCCCUCAUUAAAAUGCAAAUCAAUUCAUAACAUUUUUGACAUGUGUUUUUCUGGAUUUGUUUGUUGUUAUUCUGUCUCUCACUGUUCAAAUAAACCUACCAUUAAAAUUAUAGACUGAUCAUUUCUUUGUCAGUGGGCAACUGUACAAAAUCAGCAGGGGAUCAAAUACUUUUUUCCCUCACUGUAUGUAUGUAUGUGUAUAUAUAUAUAUAUAUAUAUAUAUAUAUAUAUAUAUAUAUAUAUACACAGUGGGGAGAACAAGUAUUUGAUACACUGCCGAUUUUGCAGGUUUUCCUACUUACAAAGCAUGUAGAGGUCUGUAAUUUUUAUCAUAGGUACACUUCAACUGUGAGAGACGGACUCUAAAACUUAAAUCCAGAAAAUCACAUUGUAUGAUUUUUAAGAAAUUUAAUAUUUAAACUUAAUAUUUGGUACAGAAACCUUUGUUUGCAAUUACAGAGAUCAUACGUUUCCUAUAGGUCUUGACCAGGUUUGCACACACUGCAGCAGGGAUUUUGGCCCACUCUUCCAUACAGACCUUCUCCAGAUCCUUCAGGUUUCGGGGCUGUCGCUGGGCAAUACAGACUUUCAGCUCCCUCCAAAGAUUUUCUAUUGGGUUCAGGUCUGGAGACUGGCUAGGCCACUCCAGGACCUUGAGAUGCUUCUUACGGAGCCACUCCUUAGUUGCCCUGGCUGUGUGUUUCGGGUCGUUGUCAUGCUGGAAGACCCAGCCACGACCCAUCUUCAAUGCUCUUACUGAGGGAAGGAGGUUGUUGGCCAAGAUCUCGCAAUUCAUGGCCCCAUCCAUCCUCCCCUCAAUACGGUGCAGUCGUCCUGUCCCCUUUGCAGAAAAGCAUCCCCAAAGAAUGAUGUUUCCACCUCCAUGCUUCACGGUUGGGAUGGUGUUCUUGGGGUUGUACUCAUCCUUCUUCUUCCUCCAAACACGGCGAGUGGAGUUUAGACCAAAAAGCUCAAUUUUUGUCUCAUCAGACCACAUGACCUUCUCCCAUUCCUCCUCUGGAUCAUCCAGAUGGUCAUUGGCAAACUUCAGAUUGGCCUGGACAUGCGCUGGCUUGAGCAGGGGGACCUUGCGUGCGCUGCAGGAUUUUAAUCCAUGACGGCGUAGUGUGUUACUAAUGGUUUUCUUUGAGACUGUGGUCCCAGCUCUCUUCAGGUCAUUGACCAGGUCCUGCCGUGUAGUUCUGGACUGAUCGCUCACGUUCCUCAUGAUCAUUGAUGCCCCACGAGGUGAGAUCUUGCAUGGAGCCCCAGACCGAGAGUGAUUGACCGUCAUCUUGAACUAUAAUUGUGCCAACAGUUGUUGCCUUCUCACCAAGCUGCUUGCCUAUUGUCCUGUAGCCCAUCCCAGCCUUGUGCAGGUCUACAAUUUUAUCCCUGAUGUCCUUACACAGCUCUCUGGUCUUGGCCAUUGUGGAGAGGUUGGAGUCUGUUUGAUUGAGUGUGUGGACAGGUGUCUUUUAUACAGGUAACGAGUUCAAACAGGUGCCGUUAAUACAGGUAAUGAGUGGAGAACAGGAGGGCUUCUUAAAGAAAACCUAACAGGUCUGUGAGAGCCGGAAUUCUUACUGGUUGGUAGGUGAUCAAAUACUUAUGUCAUGCAAUAAAAUGCAAAUUAAUUACUUAAAAAUCAUACAAUGUGAUUUUCUGGAUUUUUGUUUUAGAUUCCGUCUCUCACAGUCAAAGUGUACCUAUGUAGAAAUUACAGACCUCUACAUGCUUUGUAAGUAGGAAAACCUGCAAAAUCAGCAGUGUAUCAAAUACUUGUUCUCCCCACUGUGUGUGUGUGUGUAUAUAUAUAUAUAUAUAUAUAUAUAUAUAUAUAUAUAUAUAUAUAUAUAUAUAUAUAUAUAUAUAUAUAUAUAAACAAAAUAUAUGUCUAUUGUAUAAUGAAUAUACAGUAUGUCUAUGGUUAGGGCAUAUUUUACCUGAAGGCGCUGUCUGUUGUUGAACACUAAACAAUAUCCUCUAUGUACAGGGGGAAAGUGGUGAGGAGGGCUCCCCGUCCCCCACCACAGACUGGAUGCCAGACCUGACAGCAGGCAAUAGGACCUCCGUGUGCUCCACAGGCUCAGAGGACACCGUCCUCAGCCCCCUCUCCCGCCAGCUCUCUGGGUGUAAGCUAAAAUAUAUUUUGUUGAACCUGUCUAACAAGUUAAGUACAUAAAGCUAACCCUCACUACAUUCAUGGCUAUAAGUAUGGUUUAGCUUCUUAUUUUCAGGGAAACCUUUCAUGGGACUAAAAGGCUAUAAGACAUUGCCUAUUGACAAUGCCUGUAAUUGUCUGACUAUGCUUGCUGCAGGUGGGGACCGCCAGAGCCUGGACAGUGGCUAUAGCCAGAGAGACAGCAUGAGGCUGGAGGAGUCCAGUCCUCCCUACACAGGCCCCUUCUGUGGUCGCGCCCGCGUCCACACAGACUUCAUCCCCAGCCCCUACGACAUUGAGUCCCUAAAGCUCCAAGUAAGUACACUGACUGACGGUAGGCUCAGCAUUUAGACUGGUUUAAACAGACUGACGGUACCCUCAGCAUUUAGACUGGUUUAACCAGACUGACGGUUCCCUCAGCAUUUAGACUGGUUUAACCAGACUGACGGUAGGCUCAGCAUUUAGACUGGUUUAAACAGACUGACGGUACCCUCAGCAUUUAGACUGGUUUAACCAGACUGACGGUACCCUCAGCAUUUAGACUGGUUUAACCAGACUGAUGGUUCCCUCAGCAUUUAGACUAGUUUAACCAGACUGAUGGUACCCUCAACAUUCAGACUGGUUUAACCAGACUGACAGUACAUUCAGCAUUCAGACUGGUUUAACCAGACUGACGGUACACUCAGCAUUUAGACUGGUUUAGCCAGACUACAAAGUAAGACCCACCCUAUGGAAUCUGUUAACAGAUGGUGAAAUAAAAGAAGGGUUCCUUAGUCAUUAUCCAUGGCUGAAUCUCUAUAGGAGCCAAUCUUAUUGAGCGCUGAUCAGAUUAGACAUAUAACAUAAUUACAGUAGUAUUAGAGUAUCUCAGUGAAGUAUACAAUUACAGUAGUAUUAGAGUAGCUCAGUGAAGUAUACAAUUACAGUAGUAUUAGAGUAGCUCAGUGAAUUAUACAAUUACAGUAGUAUUAGAGUAGCUCAGUGAAGUAUAGAAUUACAGUAGUAUUAGAGCAGCUCAGUGACGUAUAGAAUUACAGUAGUAUUAGAGUAGCUCAGUGACGUAUAGAAUUACACAGACCCACUUCACAUAUACCACAAAUGUAUGUGAUCUUAUAGUAUGUAACUGGAAUGCAGAUCAUGUUUGGAUGGAGGUAGUCAUUAUUCACUGUUUCUCAUGCAGAAAGGUGACAUCAUCCAGAUCAUUGAGAAGGACCCAGUGGGCACAUGGACAGGGAAGCUCAACAACAAGGUGGGCACCUUUAAGUUCAUCUACGUCAACAUCCUACCGGACGAGGCCACACCGCCCAUGAGGAAGAGGUGCUCCAACAAGAAUCGCUGCUCCACGGCCAAAAACAAGCCCCAGACCCUGGAGGAAGUUCUGGAGAGGAUCGGGCUCACCGUAAGACAAUCAAAUCCUCUUAAUCUCAUACAGAGAUUCAAAUAAACAGCUGGCUUAGAGAACGCAAUCAAAGAGAAAUCAUGACUAACUUGGAUCAGUUGAAUUGGGAAAAGUUUAAACACUGAGUGCUGUAUAAAGACCUUAGUGAAAUUGGAUAAAUACCUGACAAUGCAAAUAUAUAAUUGCAUUUCAUUCGACGGUCUCAGAAGUUCCUGUCAAUGAAUCUUUUUGGGGGGAUUUUGUGCAAUGCUAUCGCUAAUGCUAAUGUGAUGCUUUUCUCUGAUGUUUAGGAGCUGGGCUCUUUGCUGUCUAUGCACGGCUUCCAGAGCCUGGAGGACUUUGGCGGCCUGAAGGAGUCCCACCUCAAUGAGCUCAAUAUCACAGAUGCUGAACAACGUACCAAGAUCCUGACUGCUACUGAGCUGCUGCGUGACUGUAGGUCCACUCUCCAUUCCAUCUAAUAACAUACUCACACUAUAGGAGGCCCAUGAUCACAUUAUGAUCACACAUAAACACACCUACAGGAGGCCCACCACACACGGAUACCAUGCUUUACUGCAGCCAGACGAUGCCAUAAUCUACCUGUAAUCAAUCAGCACAUUGUAUGUACAGUAUUCAUUUGUAUAUUCAGUCAAUUUUCUUUUCUACAUGGAAGCCUCCCUCAUAGCCUCUUAUGUGGUACUUCAAGAUGUAAUGCAAUGCAGGACAUUUUAAACAAGGCCUAGAAGUGUACUAUUUUCUCCAUACAGUGCUAUCAUCAGCUUUCUCUGUACAGUGCUAUCAUCAGCUUUCUCUCUUUUUAUCAUCAGCUGUUCCCUAAUUAGCUUCAUUUUAUUAGGCUCACUACAUUAAUGGUACAACAUUCCGCUCACAUUUUCCUGCUGUGCUCAUUGGCCUGUAGGAAACCCCAUUUGGCCCUCAGAAACACCUUGAUAUGGGAGCUCUCUUCCCUCCAGCCAGAUCAUUAGCCCUCAUUUAAACACCUGUCCUCUAGCUGUUUCCUCUGCUCUGAACAUAACCACUUGGUUGGCCAUUAGCCUGUGGGGCUAGCAGCUCCGACGUGCUUCCCUGUUCUAAUUACAUACACUAUGGCCGGGAUUCAAACGAACCACACUGCGCUGACAUUGCACUGCACUUGACUUUUAAAAGGCAAUUUCCCUGACAUUAGAGGCACAUGCUGAAGUAAUGGCAUUUGUACCAACACUGAAAUUGAUGGGAUGGUUAACUCCGCUGUAUUGAUGUUGAUGGUUGUAUUGUCUUUGUCCCCCUCAGCGGAUGAUGAGUCUGAGCCAGAGGAGGAGGGAAGUAGUGCUGAGGAGAAGGAUGACCUACCCAGGGACUCAGGCUGCUUCGAGAGCACAGAGAACCUGAAGGAUGGGCGCCAUGAACCAGAGGGAGAGCCAGGUACGGAGCAGAAGUCUAACCAGGAGCCAGAGCAGCACCAGGUUGAGGAGGAGCAGCUGAGUUCUGUUGAGGAGCAACUGCAGGAGCUUAGAGUGGAUGAGGAGGUCUCCUGAGAACUGAAGAGAAGAGAAGCUCUGGAAUUGAUGAGAACCUUGGUUGGUUGACUGUACUGAUGGACAUUUAUCAAAAGACAACGACAAUUGGUUGAUUGAUUCAAACCAUCAGAAUAGAGUGAUAAAGUCAGGAUUAAGCCAUAUAUACUGAGAGGGAGUUUAUUUUCAUUUGUGGCCCCCACACUUUAAAAACAAAGGGUCACAAGGCUGCAGUCGUAGCAUGAGCUUCACCAGUAACUAUUGAAAAUGUUUUUGAAGAAUGCAAGACUUUUGAAAGUCUCUCUUUUUUGGGGGAAAGCUCGGUGUGGUCAAGUUGUAAAUAUGAAUUGAUUGUGCAAGUGUCAUCCUUUUCACUGAUACCAUGUCAUUUGUGCAGGUCUGAGUGGAUUUUUUAUAAACAGAGCAUUCUUAUCAUCUUUCCAGGCUACUAUUAGUUCUGACAUGGAUAUUAAGAUCUUAGUAAGGACAUACAAACUUUUAUAUUUUUCAGUGUGUUUCUGACAUGAUAUGGUCACGUAUUUCAUAUUAUUUCCAUCAAUGGAUAUGUAAGAAAUAUUACUUUUCUAACGUUUUUUUUUUUUUUUUUUAUCCUUUAUUCUGUCAAGUUUUCUGUUACUUUUUAAAAACAUUUUAGGUAUUUGAAUGUAAAACGUUUUAUGUUUUCCAUGUGUAAUGUUUUUGCUAGCAUGUUUUUUUCAACCGUUAUUUGGGAAAUAUCCUUGAAUAUUAAUGUUUAUGAAUUUGUGGACUGUAUAUAACUUUUAGACAUUUGACAGCACCAAAGCCAUAUCUCAUGUGUUCUGAGUUUUCACUGUAUAUUUGUGUUUACCUCUGUAUUUUGUGGUAACAUCUGUAUGUCUGUCAUAG